AUGUAUUUCAGAAGCCUCUUUGUGUCCCUUUUUUUGGUUUUCGCCGUCGGCUUUGCGCUGGUUCAGGCCGAAGCAGCCAAGGAGCCUCGCGGCCCUAAGAUUACCUCCAAGGUCUACUUCGAUAUUCAGCAUGGAGAUGAGUCUCUUGGUCGCAUUGUGAUGGGCUUGUACGGCAAGACCGUCCCUGAGACCGCUGAGAACUUCCGUGCUUUGGCUACCGGCGAGAAGGGCUUUGGUUACCAGGACUCUACUUUCCACCGUGUUAUCAAGGAUUUCAUGAUUCAGGGUGGUGACUUCACCAAGGGAGAUGGCACCGGCGGAAAGUCGAUCUACGGCAACAAGUUCAAGGAUGAGAACUUCAAGUUGCGUCACACCAAGAAGGGUCAACUGAGCAUGGCCAACGCCGGCAAGGACACCAAUGGCUCUCAGUUCUUCAUCACCACCGCUGUCACCUCUUGGCUCGAUGGCCGCCAUGUCGUCUUCGGCGAGGUCCUCGAGGGCUACGAGGUUGUCGACAAGAUCCAAAACGUUCCCAAGGGACCCGGCGACAAGCCCAAGCUGGCUGUUAAAAUCGUGAAGAGCGGUGAGCUCGAGCUUGAGCCCGAGACCGAGACUGAGGACAAAGAACUCGACCAAGAGCCGGGUGUCACCGACAAAGCUCCCGAUGCCCCCGAUGCUCCCGAGACCGCCACGCCAUCUUACUCCCUGCAGCCGGCCGUGAUUUUCUUCGUCCUAGUCGCCGUUGUGGGUAUCUGGAUUGCCCGUCGGCGGGGCCAGCAGCAACAGCAAGAGAAAGAACAGUAUGAUGCAUAA